AAUCAAACAGCUCCUGUGGCAUUCAUCCUCUUGGACUUUAAUAGUGAGGACUUACAGACAUUGUUUUCCAUACUUUUUCUUCCUAUCUACCUUGUGACCAUGGCUGGAAACAUUCUCAUUAUUAUUCUAGUAGUCCUCAAUCAGCAUCUUCACACACCCAUGUAUUUCUUCCUGGGAAACCUGUCAUGCCUGGAGACUUGCUACAGCUCAACCAUCAUGCCAAGGAUGCUGGUCAGUUUUCUGACUGGGGACAGAACCAUUUCUAUUAACGGAUGCUUUGCCCAGCUGUAUUUCUUUGGUUAUCUCGCAACUACAGAAUGUUACUUUCUAGCAGUGAUGUCUUAUGAUCGUUACUUAGCCAUUUGCAAACCAUUGCAUUAUGUAAUGCUCAUGAAUGGAAGAAUAUGUAUCAUGCUUAUUGCUGGAUCAUGGAUCAGUGGAUCACUGUUUAUCAGUCUCAUAAUAUUUUUGGUAUCUCAGCUGCAAUUCUGUGGUCCCAACAAAAUCAAUCAUUUCUUCUGUGAUUUGAUCCCAAUGAUAAGACUUUCCUGUAAUGAUACCAAUCUGGUUGAAACUACAGCCUUCAUAAUAUCCUUCAUAGGUACACUGGCACCCUUUAUCAUAACUGUGACAUCUUACAUUUUCAUCAUCAAGAGCAUUUUAAGAAUCCCAUCCACCACUGGUAAACAAAAGGCAUUCUCUACAUGCUCCUCUCACUUGACUGUGGUUGCUUGCUUCUAUGGCUCCCUGAUGAUCGUCUAUGUCUUACCAAAUAUCAGUUCACUGAGUGACUUGAAGAAACUCUUUUCUCUGUUCUACACUUUGCUCACCCCACUAGUCAAUCCCCUUGUCUACAGCUUGAGGAACAAAGAGGUAAAGGAAGCAAUUAAAAAAUCAUUCCAGAUGUUUCAGAGAACUUAUUAA